UCGGACGGUCAGGAUCACACCAUCGGCAACCUGUGCAGCCUCCUCCGGUCGCCAACUGUAGCUGCUCCCCUGCGGGGUUCGUGUUCAUCUUCGUUCCGCGGGUGGGUGCCAUCUAAUUCCCGAAUCCGGCGCCGCCGAACCCUCUCCUCGCCAGCGCGGCCGCCGAACACUCGAGGUCGCCUUCAAGCGAAGCACGCUCGGCUGCCAGAGUCCGACUCGCUCCACCACGGACUGCUUCCUUCCUGUGUUGGUUGGGAUCAUUUGGUGCCGAGGUUUAGGCUUGGCACGAUGGCAAACAUCCGUGCGCUUCUGGUUGGCUUGGCGCGUGCAAGGGGUUCCUUCGUAGAGGCUGGCCGAUGUGCUUCCUUGAGGUCGUCACUUCUAGCAUCACUGGGUGGUCAUUACAAGGUUCCCUUACCAGGCCGUUGGUUCUCAUCAACAGGGCUUCCUCCACAUCUGGUGGUCGGGAUGCCUGCGCUGUCCCCUACUAUGAAUCAAGGUAACAUUGCGAAAUGGAGAAAACGGGAAGGAGACAAAAUAGAGGUUGGUGAUGUGAUAUGCGAGAUAGAAACUGAUAAGGCCACCCUUGAGUUUGAAAGUCUUGAAGAGGGGUAUCUGGCCAAGAUUUUGGCACCCGAAGGUUCAAAGGAUGUUCAGGUUGGACAACCCAUUGCUGUCACGGUUGAAGAUCUUGAGGAUAUCAAAAGUAUACCCGCCGAUACCUCCUUUGGAGGUGAACAAAAGGAGGAGCAGUCAACAGAAAGUGCACCACAAAGUAAUGUAGCUAAUGUGUCUGAACAAAGCUUAGUAGUGAGCCGAAUAAGCCCAGCUGCAAAGUUACUUAUCAAGGAAUAUGGACUGGAUACAUCGUCAUUGAGAGCAUCCGGGCCCCGUGGCACCCUUCUGAAAGGGGAUGUUCUGGCUGCAUUGAAGUCAGGAGCUAGUUCAAGUUCAACGAAAGAAAAGAAGGCUCCAGUGGCACCUUCAUCUCAGCCAACUCAUGAUUCCCAAGCUCAACCAGCCAUUACUUCACAAAAGACUGAUACAUAUGAAGAUAUUCCAAAUAGUCAGAUACGGAAGGUUAUUGCAAAAAGGUUGCUCGAAUCAAAACAGACGACUCCACAUUUAUACAUAUCCAAAGAUGUUGUACUGGAUCCCUUGCUCACUUUCAGAAAUGAACUGAAAGAGCAACACGACAUUAAAGUUUCAGUAAAUGAUAUCAUCAUAAAAGCUGUGGCAAUUGCCUUACGGAAUGCUCCUGAAGCAAAUGCUUACUGGAACAAUGAGAAGGAAGAAGCCCAAAAGUGUGAUUCAGUCGAUAUAUCUAUUGCUGUUGCUACAGAGAAGGGCCUAAUGACUCCAAUAAUAAGAAAUGCAGAUCAAAAGACAAUAUCAGCAAUAUCCUCAGAGGUUAAGCAGCUGGCUGAAAAGGCAAGAGCUGGGAAGCUUGCCCCUAAUGAAUUUCAAGGGGGAACUUUCAGUAUCUCAAAUCUUGGGAUGUACCCAGUGGACAAUUUCUGUGCAAUCAUUAAUCCUCCACAGUCUGGCAUUCUUGCUGUCGGUAGAGGUAACAAGGUUGUAGAGCCUGUUGUGGACAGUGAUGGAACUGAGAAGGCUGCUGCAGUCACAAAAAUGAGCUUGACACUGUCUGCUGACCAUCGUGUAUUUGAUGGGCAAGUAGGAGGCAAGUUUUUCAAGGAGCUGGCAUUGAAUUUCAGUGACAUUAGGAGACUGCUACUGUAAAUAAAAGGUGGUGUUUAUCAUGUUUUGAGGAAUUCUUUGCGGAGAACGCUGUCCAAGGAAAAAAAAUAUUUAGAUGCAACUCGGAGCCCAGUUGCUUGAUCGCCAGCCCGUACAAAAGUAACCAAUUUUGUAAUUCUAAUAAGAACACAUUGGCGCCUCCACGGCGAUUUUUUUUUAAAAAAAUCUUUGGUUGGGAUCCACACCCUGAGAAUAUGCAGAAACGGUGCCAUUUGAUGAUUUCAUGUUUGACGUGGCUUUACAACAUCGACCCUUGAUGAUCAGGUUUGCUGCAACUGUGGCAGAUGGCCCCAUGUUUCCUGGGGAUUUCUGGCAGGCACAAGAGGGACACGCGCAUGUUGUUCAUCACAUUGCGAUACAUGAAAAGUAACAACAAAAUGAUUUUUA